CGAACGUCGGUUUGUUUUGACCUAUGGCGACUUUUUGCAAGUGUGGAAGUUUGAGUUAUUUUGUUACCGGUGAUUUUGAGAGCAGAGGAAUUUUGCAUCAUAGCCAGGUGUUGAACAAGCCAGUCAGCAUGUGAGGAACGCAACGUGUCAUUGUGUACAAGGUCAUGGCAAGCAAUGAUGGAGGUGGGGGCCCCGGGGACAGCGCCCAGGGCCAAAACCCUUUCAAGCGGAUGACGUCGCCUCCUGCAUCAGUGAGCUUGGUCUUCUCCUCGGGGGGAGAGUACCUCCAGAUGGCCAGCAGCCAGGCACCAACUCAUUCAAACUACAUGCUGUUUGGGGGGAUGACAAGCACAUCCCCCACAGUCUCCCCAAGCUCAGCUUCAAGGUGCAACUUCUUCGGCACAACCUCAACUUCCCCAUCAUCAACGAUGGCGGGUAUCCCCAGCAGCGCUAUGUUUGGGGGGAUGACAGCUCUUGGGGAACUCAGGCACAUGAGCUCUUCAUCUUUGGGGUCUGGGCGCCCUAUCAUGUCAAGUGUAAUGAGCAGCACAGUACAGUCAGUGUCCAGUACUAUGAGUAAACCUCUUUCUGAUGCAAAGGUGGUCUCACCUUCCUUAACAGCUCCAGGGAUCCCAUCGGGAAAUAUCUUUGGUGGGCUGACAUCUUCAUCAGCUUCAGGGCAGACAACUUCACUCUUCUCUGCAGGUAAUCCAUCAGAUGGAGAGAUGUUUGGAAGCAAAAAAAAACCUUUUUCAUUGCUGUCAGCCAAGACUGCAUCAAGAGAAACAGCAACUUCAGCCAAUACUUUUCCUUCCCCUUUCUUAGGGACAGGGGAAGUAAAGCCACCCAGUUUAUUUUCUAAUGUUAAAACUGAAUCUCUUAGUAAAAGUGAUUUCUCCAAAGAUACGAAACCAGCUCCCACUGCUCUGCUGUCUAGAGGAAUAACAAGUACCAGUCAGAGCCAUCCAUCUGCAGUCAGAAAUGUUUUUGGUGCCCCAACAGCAUCAAAAGUCUUUGAAGGAAAGAAGAAAACUUCUUUUGAAGGAAAGAAGAAAACUUCUCUACCAAAAGAAACAGAAAGAGCCAGCCAAGGAAAUGAAUCAGUGGCUUUUAGGUCUGCAGUCACUCCACAAACGACAGCUACAGCAAAUAUCUUUGGUGGAUCUGCAUUAAGUAAGACAUCAGAGUCUGCAACCACAUCAAGUUCCAGUAGUAUAUUUGGAGGCAGCACUACAGAUGCACCACAGACUGUAAAGUUAUUUAGCAACAGUGUAGCAAGUGUGCGUACUAGUAACAGAGCUUCAAGCAAGAGUAACGAUCAGUCUGCCAACACAACAGUGUCUACUUCUAACAUCUUUGGUGGAUCUUUGAAAAGCAAAGCAUUCACUUCAACUUCUGCAACACAGCCACUCUUUAGCAGUCAGUCUGAAAAAUGGGAUGAAUCUGGUGGCUCUAGUGCAGCAUUGGAUUUUGGUAAACAGACAUCCAAUUUGGAAAAAAGAAGUCAAAUUGGUAAAGCAACCGAGUUGGGAAAGAUAUUUGAACUGUCUGAAGAUCAAUCUGCACCAAAAGCUGAUUUCGAAAUCCCAGAGUCACCAACUUUGUCUAAAAAAUCUGAGUUAUCAACUUCACCACAGUAUGACAAAAAGGAACUCACCAAGAUCAUCAUAGCUCAGAUUCCUAAUAGCUGCAUGGAUAGAGAGAUACUAAAGAACCAUUUUAUAAAGUUUGGGGAUAUCAAAAGGGUCACCGUGAACCUCAAAACCAAUCAGGCGACAGUGCAGUAUGAAGACCACCGUUCGGCCUCCAGAGCCAAGAAAAAGGGGAAGAAAAUGCAUCCCAACUUGCCAGAAGUGAGGAUAUUCUAUGGCACACCAGCACGACGCAAGAGUGAGGAUGGCAAUGCCGAUGCCAUGAUGUUUAAGAAGAAGGCCAUCAGAACACUGCAGUCAGCUCACACCUUAAGUGACAUUGACCCUUAUGAGCCCCUUCAACGCCCCUCAGGGAAGGAAACCAUGGAGCUGCCCAAGCCUAUCCAAGCCAGGGUGAGCCAGCCCAAGCCUACCCAUGCCAGGUUAAGCCAGCCCAAACAGAGGGAGAAGGCACCAGUAAAGGUCAAGAAACCACAGCCAAAGCAAGGAGCUGGAGUAAAGGAGAAGAAAGAGCCCUCUGUUGCAGUGGAGGGAAAGGAGCCGGAGGAAAUCAUUCAGUCAAAAUGCUGUACCAGUUACGAUAAAUACUUGGUUCUCAAAACAAGAGAUCAUCUCGUACGGAAGGAAAUCAUCAGAACCUCUGACAUACAGAAGGCAACAUACCUUUCAGCCACCUGUCCUGACAUGUGUCCAGAAAAGGAAAGGUACAUGAGGGAUGUCCAAAAUGACCUCAGUUCCUAUGAAAUGGCGAAUGGGGUUAUGGACCCCCGCCUUGUCGUCAAGAAGUUUUCCCGGAGUAGUGCAGAUAAGGAUGAACCACUGCCGUAUGAACUCAGGCCUGGACCUGUUCUCUUGAAGACUAUGGACUUCUUAGUAUGUAACAUCAUAGAGCGUGGGGAAGAUGAAAAUGUUGAGACAGAUGUUUGGUACAAUUAUUUGUGGAAUAGAACUAGGGCUAUUCGCAAUGACUUGAUGCAGCAGCAGCUAACAGAUAGCAGAGCAGUUGCUAUUAUUGAAAGGUGCAUGAGAUUCCACAUUCAUGCCUCUGCACGUUUCUGUCAGGAACCCCCUGAUCUCUUUGAUGCCAAGAUGAACACAGAGCAUCUCACCAAGAGCUUGCUGACUCUUAAGGAGCUCUACAAAGACCUUGGAGAAAGGGGGGAAUAUUUUGAAACAGAACCUGAGUUUCGUGCUUAUGAGUUGCUGUUAAAUUUGAAUGAAGGACAGACUUUCAUUACACAGUAUUCACAAUAUAGAGAAGAAGUACAAAAGUCCAAGGAAGUCCAGUUUGCUUUGAAAGUAGGAAUGGCUCUAAUGUUCAACAAUUAUGUAAAGUUCUUCAAGCUGUUAAAAAGUGCCACAUACCUACAGGCAUGUAUGAUGCAUAGGUAUUUUAGGCAGGUACGUUCAAAAGCUUUGGACACACUUAUGAAAGCUUAUGUUCCUCCAAAACAAGUGCAAACUCUUCCCUUAGAAACUGUGAUACCAACCCUCGGAUUUGAGAAUGAGGCAGAUGCUGAAAGCUACCUGCAGGUGUAUGGAAUUAAGGUAACUGAUAAGAAUGUGAUUUUAGAUAAGAGCUUGUUUUCGCUACAUGUUGAGGAACAACCACCUGUAGUGCGGCCAUUCAAAAUGGUGGAAAGCAACAGAACUGUCUCAGUGGGUGAAGUUAUUCAGGGUGGUCCCCUACCUGAAAAUCCACUGUUGACUCAUGUUCCUCAUGAUAGCUUUGACAGUCAAGGAUACUUGAAGAAAGAAGCACUCAAUGCUUCAGACCAACAAGUGGGAAAGAAAGUAGCAGCAGUAGAGAUCAGAGAACAUCCAGUUCAACAGACUCAGCAGUGGACCACUUCAGAGUUAAUGGCAUGCAUAAGUGAUAUUUAUAUCAACACCUCAUCAAGUGUCAUAAAGGAAAUGCUUCUUGAGAUAUCAAAGGAAGCAAAAGCAGAAUAUCAAUAUGAAUCCAUCAACAAAGUCGCUCAAAUAGCUGGAAAGGAAGUUUUAGCCGAGUGUCUGAAGGAAGAAAUCAGUCUUGUAAGUAAGAGAGCACUACAAGAAGUUGAGUACGAAGAAGAGGAGAGGCAGAGAAUACUUCAGGAAGAGGAAGAAAGGAAGCGUAAAGCCAUGCUGGAACUCUUUGACAAGGUGUCCAAGGUCUUAUGUGCUGAGUAUGUAGAGGAGUUUGUUGAAGAGUUUGUGAGAAAUUUGUGCACAAAAGCUGUUCAAGAAAUAGAGAAGGAAACAUGGGAAGUAGUAAUUGCAGAGCUCAUUUUUGAACUGCCACAGACACUGUGUAGAGAAGUUACACGAAACUGAGUGAAGAAGCUUUGUGCAGAGGUUAUUACUGCAAUGAAGGAUGAACUUGAGGCCAAAAUUACUCAGUUACAACAGAAAAUUUCCAUGCGAAAGAUGCGUGACUCUUUCAAGAGGUGGAGGUUACAGGUUUUGAGAGUCAAGAGGCGAAAGCAAGCCCAAGAGACCUUCCCAGCUAGUUGUUCACAGUUGUCUAUAAAGCAGCAAAAUGAGCUGUUUGGAUGGGGCUAUCACAGGAGCAGAGAAGAGAACAUCUCUGCCUUCCAGGUGUCUCAUAUAGAAACCACAGUAGCGAAGAACAUAGAGCAGAUGACUAUUAGGAAUCGCCUAGUUAGAGCAUGUGCUUGGCGUCACCUACCUCUGCAGCAAGAAAUGAAAAAGGUGGUUGAUGGAACCUUACAGCCCAUCAAUUUGAUAAAGCAGUACUUUAAGGUUUUAAUUUGUACAUUAGAGAACACAAACCCAACCAUUGUUCAGUGGCUGAGAUCUAAGUUAAGAACAGGAGAGGACAGCAGUAUUCAAGAGUGUGUGAACAGUUCUUUUAGUUUUAUUUCGAAGAACAGUGGUCUAGAGUAUGCAUGUUUGUUUAGCGAAAUCUCUCUUGACAGUUUGUGUUCUGCUGACAUAAGAGGAACUUCAGCUGUGAUAUUUUUGCUACCAUCACAAGCAAGAAAGCAGAAUGUAAAUAGCCAAGCCCUUAACAUAUUGAAGACCAUGUCUGAUGUGCCAAAGUUAACAAUACACUUUGAUGAAGAAUCUUGUGCUGAUAAUACAGAAGGCAUUUUAGAUUCUCCAGUUUGGAAAUUGGCAGAGUGUGAUCUGUACUAUCCAGAAACUUCUCAGAAAUUGCUUUCUCACAUGCUUGAUCUUUGGAAUCGGCAAGAUGGACGAUUACAACUGGUAUCUAUCCACCUGAAUAAUUUUGUGUAUGGUUUUAUAGCUAAGAAAGUUGUGGAAGUAUUUCUGUACAAAAACCAUGAAAGAAUAGAAGAUGGGAAAUCACCCUUUCCACCCCAAGCUUAUAUUGACCUGUACAAUGAAGCUAUGAAUCACCUUUUACAUGUUGUUGAGGAUGAGGAACUGUUGAAACUUGAUUGGCCUGCUCCUGGUUUGAGUCACCUAAAGCAAGUACCACCAGCAUCAUGGAAUAACUCAGAUGCUGAUAGGUUAAUAGCCAUACUCAGAAAUCUAAAACUUCCCAAGUUAGAGUUGGAGGAUUAUAUGACUGUUGGUGCCAUAAAAGACUCACUGCACAGGUAUGCAACCAAAGUCUGCACCCAAGAAAAUAGCAGUAUUGUUCUCAUGUCACACCUGAAUGUGCUUUUAAGUAAUUCCUUGUCCAUAUUGAUGCCACCUAAUGGUGAAACAGAAGAGGAUCAUUUAGAUUGGAAAAUCCAUAUGCUGCAGUUGCCGUGGACAGAGCUUGUCUAUGCUUGCAUAUCCCACAAGCUAACCGGACUUCCCGCCCUCACUGUGUACCACCAGCCUGACAAACUGAACACCUUCAAGUACCCUCCCUCGUGGUGGGCAGCAUGUGAUGCAUCGGACUCGUGCUGGGCCACAUCCAGGAAGGAGAACUUCCCACCCUCCUCCAGGAAGAGAAAACAUGGGCAGAUCCCUGAGGAAAGGGCAAGCCAGAAGAAAAAGCCCUCACAGCUGCUUGUUGACAUUGAAAAGGAGAAGAAUAAGUAUGUGGAGUUUGAGAAGAAGCUGGAAGAUAUGCUUGAGAUCGAAGAGGAGUUGAGGAACUUAUUUGGUACAUGUACAUAAUUGUGUUUGUUUGCCAGAAGACCUGGUAUUUAAUGCUUACUGGUAAACUCUAGACUUUUAUUUUUGCUGAUAACUAACAGGUAUGAUGCAAACAACAUAAUAUACAGUCUAACGGGACUAUUUCUACUUAGAAGGGAGGUAAUAAUUGUACAAGUAUUAAUCUUGCAUAUAUGGAUGUACCAUAAAGCUUUUUUUUUUCUUUUCUU